AUUCUUUCCUCUUCAAGGAACCCAGAUUCGCAGACGGUAGAGUUAGACCGUCAAUUCCUCGAUACUGUCACCGUCCAUGGCCGCGAGUACCAGAAAUAUUCGAUUGACAACCGCAUAUAUUUCGGCCCGAUUGACGAGGAGGAGGCGCAGCGUCUUGAUUAUCAACAGCGGGUGUUCCAAAGAAUUUUCGACGACCGACUAAUAUUUCCACCCAUUCAUCGGCUGCGAAGGGUACUGGACUGCGGCCACGGGGCUGCAUCAUGGGCAGUAGAAGUUGCUGAACAGCAUCCGAAUUGCGAAUUGUUGGCCAAGGUCAUUGGCGUAGAUAUUGCCCCGCACAUGAGCCCAGACGAUGUGCCUAAUAAUUUGUGGCUCCAGGUCGACGACCUGAAUCGACGAUUCACAUUUCCUGCCAACCACUUCGAUCUCGUUCAUUCUCGACUCCUCGCAACCGGGAUUCAUCGUUCUCGAUGGCCAUCAUACAUCCGUGAUAUCGUCAGGGUGCUGAGGCCAGGAGGAUGGGUCCAAAUGACCGAGAUCUAUUUCAACGUGCAAUCCGACAACGGUUCCAUCACUGACCAACAUGCCUUGCGACGAUGGAGCACUCACUACAUGCGUGCAUUGGAGGACCGGAAAGAUAUCCGAGUCGGAUCCAGGCUGCGCAGCUUUUUUGAGGAAGUAGGAUUGGUGGAGAUCGACGCCAAGAUGAUACCGCUUCCUCUAUCGGCAUGGUCGAGUGAUCCCAGGAUGCGGGACAUCGGCCAGUAUAAUAGCGAAAACAUCCGACAACUUCUGCGAUCACUUGCGUUGUACCCUCUGACCCAACGUUUGCAUAUGUCGACAGAAAGUUUUGACAGAUUGGCGGAGCAAGCACAGGAAGAGGCCAGGAAUCACUCGCUGAAGGCAUACUUUCCAUUAUACGUUUGCAUCGGGCGUAAACCGAGAUAA